GCCUCGGAGCGGUUGGCUGCCGUGGAAGAGAUUCUUGAGAAGAUGCGAGAGACCGAGGCGCCUUUCCUCAUGGGCAUCGAGAACUUGCCUCCAGAGGAAGCGAAGCCUGCUUUGGACAAGAUGGACAAGGCAGCGUCUUUGGCACUCUCCGCCGUUGCUGACGCGCACAAAUAUGUGAGCCUUAAGUUAGUGGAAGUGGGCCGCUUAGCCGAGGCCACGGCUGCCACAGCCAGGGCGGAGCUUGAGAAGGUCAAGAAGCAGCUGGACGCAAAUGCUGAGAGAGUUCGCAAGUUCCAGUUGGAUGCGACAGGGCGCCGGAAGAACCAUGUCGUCUUCAGCAUGAAG